CGCGUAGAAGAAAGCUCGACUUGUUUACGUGUGGAAGCUGCUAGCUUUGCUUGACUUUUCAACGCGGUCGUAAAAUGAAACUCAAAGUUUCUGGAUCGAUAAUUUUCAUUUUAUCGAUCUACCUUUUGAAUGUCCAGUGUGCAAAAAUGAGCUUGGACGAGCUCAAAAAAAUGGUCAAACCAAUAAGUUCCACGUGCCAAAAGAAGAAUAACGUACCACAAGACCUUUUACUUGCAUCGUACUCGGGAGUAUUUGCUCGUGAAAAAUCAUUGAUGUGUUAUUACAGGUGCCUCGCGACCAUGUUGAAACUGAUGAAUAAACAGGGACAGUUUGCCCUGGAUAAAAUGUUUACUCAAGUCGACUUGCUGGUGGUCGAAGAAUUGGCGCCUAGAAUCAAAGAAAUCGCCAAAAUAUGCUUCGACUCGACUCCGAAGAUAGACGACCCUUGCGAGUACACGUACGAUUUGGUCGUUUGCGCUUACAACAUCGAUAGUUCGUUGAGCGUUCUCAGUCGAUAGGGAAAAAAGGG